AUGACAAGAACGUUUGAGGCUAUUAAUCGAUUCAUGUGCUUUUUUCUGUUAGCGUGGUUGGUAAAGUUAGGUAUGGAAGAGGUUCGAGCAUGUCUCGAAAGGUACAAAUGGAUCACUAAAGAACACUCAUUUGUCAUCUUUCUAUAUUCGCGUUUAGAAGAGAUGGAUGUCCAAAAUAUUCCUGUUGGCGAAGGGAAGAAACACUUUGAAGUUGUGGACAGUGGUGAUGUUGUGAUUUUGCCUGCUUUUGGGGCUGCAGUGGAGGAGAUGUUAACUUUGAGCAACAAAAAUGUGCAAAUUGUCGAUACAACUUGCCCUUGGGUAUCUAAGGUUUGGAAUAUGGUUGAAAAGCACAAGAGGGGAGACUACACUUCAAUCAUUCAUGGUAAGUAUGCUCAUGAGGAAACCAUAGCUACUGCCUCUUUUGCUGGAAAGUAUAUCAUUGUGAAGAACAUGGAAGAGGCAACAUAUGUGUGUGAUUACAUUCUUGGUGGUCAACUCAAUGGAUCUAGCUCCACAAAAGAAGCAUUUCUAGAGAAAUUUAAAUAUGCAGUUUCUAAGGGAUUUGAUCCGGAUGUUGACCUGGAUAAGGUUGGUAUUGCAAAUCAAACUACAAUGCUUAAGGGAGAAACAGAAGAGAUUGGAAAAUUGGAGGAGAAGACCAUGAUGCGCAAAUAUGGAGUGGAAAAUGUUAAUGACCACUUCAUUAGCUUUAACACAAUUUGUGAUGCUACUCAAGAGCGACAAGAUGCCAUGUAUAAGUUGUUGGUGGAGGAGAAGUUGGAUCUUAUUUUAGUAGUUGGCGGGUGGAACUCGAGCAACACCUCCCAUCUCCAAGAAAUUGCUGAGCAUCAUGGAAUUCCUUCAUACUGGAUUGACAGUGAACAGAGGAUUGGUCCAGGAAACAGAAUAGCUUAUAAGUUGAAUCACGGGGAGUUGGUCGAGAAAGAGAACUUCCUACCAGAAGGUCCCAUUACAAUUGGUGUAACAUCUGGUGCCUCUACUCCUGACAAGGUUGUUGAAGAUGUCCUUGUGAAGGUAUUUGACAUCAAGCGUGAAGAAGCCUUGCAAGUAGCAUAACUGUAGCUUGUGCAUCCAUCAACAAUGGCAGUAUACUGUAGAACUGUGUGUAUCAUUAACAAGAAAAGGCUUAGCAAGAUCUCUGAUAUAGCCUUCCAUGUACUCAAAAUCAUAAUGUUGGUAAUAUAGAGAUUGUGGGUUUAAGAUUUGCAA